AUGGCAGCAGUCGUGGGAGAUCAGUUUCGCUCUGCUCAAGAACAGCUACAGCUCGUGUAUGAAAGAAAUACUUGGAGCAGUGAUACUGUGACAGAUCUCAAUGGGAGGCUUUUGCUCAAAGUGAAGCGCCCGACCUUCAGUGCAACGGAUGUGCUCAUCACAGAUCCGAGCUCUCGUCCCAUCGUUGUAAUCUAUCAUGAGUUAAAGAACUUUCGCACUAACUGGAAAGUUUUCCGCGAGCAAAGCAGGGACACUCCUUUGCUUUGCACAGUCAGGAAAUCAUCUCGGAUUCAAUUCAGCCUUUCUUUGGAUGUAUUUCUGGCCUCCAACAAUCCAGAUUCCGAUUCGAGUGAGCCUGAUUUUCAGGUAAAGAAGGAAGUGCUUGGCAGUAGCAUUGAGGUUUCUCGUGGACGAGGAGGAGCAGUGGUUGCCAGGGCUGAGGCGAUAUCUCUCCUUUCCAACACAAGGUACCAGAUCAGCGUGGCUCCUGGAAUUGAUUAUGUGUUUGUGCUGUCGCUGAUUCUGAUCGUAAAAGAGAAAGAAGAAGCUAGACAAACAGCCCCUUCAUCCAAUCUACGAUGAAAGAAGUUCCUAUGACACAAUUAUAUUAAUAUUUAAGAAGAUGAAAUGUCUGGACUUGCUAACUUGUUAAUUAAA